UCAUCCUGAAGAGGAAGCGAAUGUCAGACGGGGGAUGCUGCCUCCAUUUCUGUACAAAUAUGAUCUCUGACAGCGCUUUUCCUCACUCGCUCGGCUGCAGGGGGCCGGCAGGGACGGGCGGAGAGAGUGUAGCAGCCUAGCCGAGUGUUUUAAAGCAGAGAAAAGCUGCGCGGAAACAGAGCCAGGUCCGGGUCUCCGCGCAGCGGUGUGUGAGAGAGGCUGCAGCCGCGGAACACGCUCCCCUCUCCCGCUUGCUGUGUGGCGCUGUCCGCUGUGGGGCUCCGCGCUGCUCCUCCGUGUUUGGGGGCAGUUUGCGCGUGUUUUGGCGGCUCUGGCGCGGCCGAAAGUCAGCGGAACACCAGGAGUAGUACAGCGCCAGAUGGACCGGUGAACCAUGGCAGCGAAAGACGAGCUUUACGCCAAAGUUACGCCGCGGAGGCAGCGCCAGAACCGGCCGGGCACUGUCAAACACGGCUCCAGCCUGGAUGUGCUGCUGUCCAUGGGCUUCCCUAAAACCAGGGCGCUGAAAGCACUGGUUUCGACCGGCGGACGAAAUGUACAGGCGGCCUGUGAUUGGUUAUUCUCCCAUGUGGAUGAUCCGUUUCUGGAUGACCCCUUGCCGCGGGAGUAUGUCCUGUACCUGCGGCCAAGCGGACCCCUGCUGCACCAGCUCUCUCACUUCUGGCAGCAGAGUCGCGCCAUGUGCGGCAAGAACAAAGCCCACAACAUCUUCCCCCACAUCACCCUCUGCCAGUUCUUCAUGUGUGCAGAUGCAAAGGUGGAGGCUCUGUGUGAGGCGUUGCAGACGGUGGUGGGACAGUGGAGAGAACGCUUCCCCACCCCUCUCCCCCUGGAGCUCUACACCUCCUCCAACUUCAUUGGCCUUUUUGUAGAUGAGAAGGUGGCUGAGGUGCUCAAGACUUUUGCAACUGACUUCGCUGCAGAAGCUGUUGCCAAAGCAGAUGUCCAUGUAGAGCCUCACAAGAAGCAGCUUCAUGUGACCUUGGCCUACCACUUUCCCACCAAUCACCUCACCUCCUUAGAAAAACUGUCCAGAAGCGUGGACAUCUCGCUGGGCUGCGAUUGGCUCGCCGUUCUCUUCUCACGGGACAUUCGAUUCGCUAAUCACGAGACUCUGCGAGUGAUGUACCCCUACAUACCCCAGAACGAAGACGAGCUGGAGCUGGCUCCAGGUGACUUCAUCUUCAUGUCCUCCAUGGAGCAGGGCAGUGCUAGCGAGGGCUGGGUGUACGGGACUUCCAUGAGCACAGGCCUGUCCGGCCUGCUUCCUGAGAACUACGUCAGUCGAGCCGACGAGUGUGACACCUGGGUCCUUCAUGGGUCCCACUCUUUCCUCAACUGCACCUCACCAACCAAUAGUGGUGGAGCAAUAGGUGGACCUUUUCUUGAUGGACAGCUGGAUGGUCGUCUGCUUGAUGACUUUGGCCUGGGGGACCCUUCGAGUCUUAGUGUUGUAUGCCAACCAAUGCAGAUGCUGCGGACCAACAGCCAGUCUCGACUGCCUAAGAGGACGUUAUUUGUGUGCCGCCAUGGAGAGAGGAUGGAUGUAGUGUUUGGGAAACAUUGGAUCACCCAGUGCUUUGAUGCCAAAGGUCGUUAUAUGCGAUCCAACCUCAACAUGCCAUGUAGUCUUCCAGCGAGGAGUGGUGGGUACAGGGAGUAUGAUAAGGACUGUCCCAUCACUGUGUUUGGAGCCACACAGGCACGCCUAGUCGGUGAGGCCCUGUUUGACAGUCAUACAGUAGUAGACUUUGUGUACUGCUCUCCCUCCCUGCGGUGUGUGCAGACAGCCCAUAAUAUCCUCCGAGGUCUUCAGCAGGAUGGCAAGACUAAGAUUCGAGUUGAACCUGGUCUCUUUGAGUGGACCAAGUGGGUGUCGGGCACUUCCUUGCCUGCCUGGAUCCCACCCACAGACCUGGCUGCUGCUAACUAUAGCGUGGACACAACCUACAGACCUCAUAUUCCUAUCAGCAAGCUGACCAUGUCAGAGUCCUACGACACCUACAUCAGUCGCAGCUUCCAAGUGACACGGGAAAUCCUGGCUGAGUGCAAUAGCCUGGGAAACACAGUGUUGAUUGUGGCGCAUGCUUCCUCACUGGAGGCCUGCACUCGCCAAAUGCAGGGUCUCAACCCCCAGAACUCCAAAGACUUUGUGCAAGUAGUCAGAAAGAUCCCAUAUUUAGGUUUCUGUGCCUGUGAAGAAAUGGGCGAAACGGGGGUGUGGCAGCUUGUGGACCCGCCCAUCCUGCCCCUCACACACGGGCCCAAUCACAGCUUCAACUGGAGGGAAACGUUACUGCAGGACUGAGGUGCCCCGCCUCUAAACGACUGGUCCUUCAGCUCCGCCUUCGACACUCUUCCUCCAGGGGCAGCUGAGAAAUGCGCUGUCAGUCACGCUCUUCUUCCACGCCAUCGCAAGCCUACUGCACCAUUCUACCAUAACGAGCAGACCAAAACACGCAAGGCCAGGCAGGCUUCCACAGAGCAGUCCCUUCGCUGCUGCUGCUGCUGCAGUGCACCGUGCCGGCUAUACACGUCUUUUUAUAACCUACGGCAGCAAUGAUGUGUGUACUGUCUGUGUCUGUCUGUAAAUGUGCUCACAUGCAUACGUAUUCCCCCUAAUUAAUAGAGGGCAAGGUUAUUGGAGGUCAGCAGUCAGGGAUUGAGGUGAAAGGUCAAAGUCAAGGUCAAGGCCGCUGUGCUACAGGUCGCUACAGGAAAUUGAGGAAAAACUUAAUGCAGACACAUUCCAAGCCUACCUAACACUCCAUUUAUAUUAAAACAAGUAAAAAACAGAAGAUUAUGGAGCUUAAAGUGCAUGUUAACCCAUCAACCCUCACGACCCUCCCCACUCAGGUUUCGUGUCUCAGUAAAGGGUGACUUAGUCAGAGUUAAAAAGUGCUAAGUCAUCAACAUAAGCAUCCAAGAUGGCUUUAUAACAAAGGCCUUCUUGUGAGUCAUGCCCCUUCUUGUGAACUGAAGCAGUGAGGUCUCGGCCGACAACACGGCCGACAACAUGGCUGCCAACACAAACACACUGUGAGACAAGGACUUAGCAUUUUGCACCAAACCACCACGCUUCUUUCUUCUUUCUUUUACCGGAAAAGCUACAAAGCUUCCCCAGACGACAAAGCACAAGAGAUGAACCCCCCUCCCCCCCCCCC